AUGCCAACGAGCGCUCGGCGAUGCCCCAUUGAGCCCUUAAGCGCCGCUGAUGGCCCGGGCGCGGCGCGGCCGCCCCUGCCCGGGGCCUUUGGCCCUCAGGGCUGCGCGCCCUGCCCGGCGCUCCGCGCACUCGCCUGGCCGCGCUCAGCCGGGCCGGGCCGGGCCCGCGGAAGGGCCGCUGCCCCUCACGCCGCGCGGUCCCGGCCGCCGUCCAUGGCGGCCCGCCCGCCGUGCCUGUGGCUGUGCCUGGCCGGGCUGCUGAGCCUGCGGGCGGCGAACGCCCUGCCCCUGCGCCCCGGCCCGCGGGACCAGGUGCUGGCGGCGGCCUUGCAGCGCCUGCGGGAGGUCUUCGACAUCGAGGAGCUGCCGCCCGACGUGCUGCCCCGCAAGAAGCCGCCACAGUUCAUGGUGGAUCUCUUCUACAAGGUGGCCGACGCCAACGGCAUCACCCGCGCCCCGGGGCUGCUGAAGGGCGACGUGGUGCGCAGCUUCGAGAACCGAGUUCACGUGGACCACCACCACUUCUACUUCGACAUCAGCGCGAUGGAGAAGGGAGAGCAGAUGCUGAAAGCCGAGUUCAGAGUCUUCAAGCUCAAGAGGACACAUGUGUCCAGAAGGUCCGACGUGCAACACUUCUGCAAAGUGGAAGUGUAUGAGCUCUUGGCGAGUGAAAAUAAGCCACAGAAAAAACGUCUCAUUACAUCAAGAUUAUUGUCCCUGUACGCAGAAGGCUGGGAAGUCUUCAAUGUCACGCAGACAGUUUCCAAGUGGGUUGGAAACAGCAGCUCCAACCACGGCUUUUGGAUAACUACGACACAUGUAUCCAACAAUGGAAUGGAACACAACCUGGUUACAUUUGCCAAGAGCCAGGGUGCUUUGCAGGAGAGUAGAAAUGCUCUCCUUGUCCUCUUCACGAACAGUAACAGACAGAGGUCUCACAGCUUUGUACCCUCUGCUACAAAAUCAGAAAUGCACCCUGCCAAAUCUGAUGCUUCACGUGUUUCUCAUGACGCUGGUGUCAUCAAAAGCAGCAGUGCCAGCAUGAGCAGGCAACCUCGAGCUGCCGCAGCCGCUGCUGCCAGAAGCCCAAUAACAGCGUGUCACCGAAGGGAACUCUAUGUAGACUUCCAUGCUAUUGGCUGGUCAGGAUGGAUUAUUCACCCAAGUGGAUACAAUGCAUUUUAUUGCAGAGGAUCCUGUCUCUUCCCUUUGGGGGGAAGCCUAAAUGCAACAAACCAUGCUACAGUUCAGUCCAUUGUUUAUACACUGAAACUGUCUCAAGAUGUCAGCACACCCUGCUGUGUGCCAGAUGAAUUGAAGUCCCUCAAUCUUCUCUACUUUGAUGACAAACAGAAUGUCGUCCUUAAAAAUUAUAAAGACAUGGUGGCAACAAAGUGUGGCUGUCACUAGCGAGACAUUUUUUUUCUCUGCAUUUGGUGUGCACCUGGAUUCAGUUCCCCAUUUGCCGCUGAAGAUACCAAAGGAGAUGGCAUUUCAGUUUACAGGACAGGAGAGACAGAAACUCGUCUGUGCUGCAAAUCCUUCUCCUCUCACCAUGGCUGUGUGGAAAGGUGGCUGGCUUGUGAAGAGCUGUGGACUUCAAGACCUCCAUGGAGAGCUCUUUGAGUGCCUGUACACCAAGGAAAUUAUUAAAAUCAGGAACUUGCUAUAUGAAGGAGUUGAAACACAUUAAGUUGACUGUUCAAAUUAAGAUCUUCUGUAUACCAAGGCUCAGAGUUUCCAGUGAUUUAACAGGCAUGGCAUCCUACCUCAAUCCAGGAAGGGAUGCAAGUAUCUAAGUAACAGAACCUUACUGAAUUUUGGCUGCAUGAUCCAGUGGGGAUGUGCAGUCCUACUUUGAGCUUUCAGGGUAGUUGUUUGCCCAGAGCUAAUCUCAGAGGCCUCUACCACCUGCAGAUCAUGUGUUACCAGGAAAUGGACUUCUUCCCCUGAGCUUUAUGCAGCUCUACCAACUGCAGAGACCUGCUCAUAAGUCCCCAUGGGACUUGCUAGCCAGUCUGAAGGAGCACAUAGGUCAGUAUUUGUCUGGGAACCAGCAUACUUGGCUUCUGACUCAGGGCUGCAACUCUGUAUGGUGAGGCCAGUGCCUCUCUCCAUAAUACUAUUCCCCUCCACUGCAGUCUGCUGUGGCUGUCGGGGUGUGUGGCACCAGAGAUUUAGAAACCUUUGUGUAUUUGCUGUACAAUGGGAUCCUAAGGUUGGGUCAGAAUGCUCAUGGUUUAGCAAGAAGGAAGAAAACUGAAGCUUUGGAGGUCCAUGAGAGCAUGCUAUGUGAGAAAGAAACAAGCCUGACACUGCAGAAAAUUCCUGCGAAGCACAGAAGAAAGUAAAUUACACAUUAUCUGAGAACAGGAAAGGCAUCCUGUUUUCUUCGAAGCCUGCAAACCUUGAGGAAACUAAAAAACCGUCAGGCUGACGGAUUUAUUACAGGCCUGCAACUGGGUUGUGAGCAAAGGACUGAACAGAGAUUCUCACACUAAGUGUGUAAGUACUGUCUUAACUCUGCAAUAAACAGAUUCAUUUUGCUCUCAGCUUAUGAGUCUCGCAUUCCUAUGCCACAGUGCUAGAUGCUGGCCUGGUCCCGCGUAUGAGGCGAGUUUGGUGGAACGUACUUGCUGAUUCCCUUCCCUUACUUGAAGAACAGGACACAGGCUUGGAAUGGGCCCCUAGAGGUCUUUCAGUCUCGCUACGAUUUCAUGCAGGUGACCAGCCCAUUGCAGUUCCCCAAUCAAUUCAUUGAGUUAUAUCUUAACUCUGGUUAGGCUUCUUGUCUCCAUUAAUCUUGAAGGAGGCUGACCUCUCACAGAAUGUGACAUCUCCCAUGGGCAGAGUCUUCAUGGAGAAUAUUUUUACUCCAAUGAAACUUAGAAAAAAAUAUGUAAUGUU